CGCCGCUCAUGUGGAUAGCACAUUACUGAGGCUCGUGCUAUCAGUCAGACUUUAGACGUUGAAUCGCGAACGUAGUGCGCGGUAAGUAGUUGAGUCACAACUCUAAUAAUAUUAAAAACGGAUUUCGUCGAAUAGUAGUUUCUACUAACAGCUUAUUUCCCAAUUACCAACCUACAGUUUUUCAAUUUUGGAUCAAUAUGGUCUGUUUUUAAAAUACUUCAAAUCAUUUCAAUCGACCCGUAAACAAUAAAAUUCAUCAUGCUUCAACAGAUUUUGAAAGACAUGUACGUUGAUCCAGAGCUGUUGGCUGAGUUGGACGAAGCACAAAAACAAACCCUGUUUUGUAGAAUGCGAGAAGAACAAGUACGGCGUUGGAGUGAAUGGGACAAUGUUGAAAGCAGUAAAUCCGCGAAUCCAAAACGNNCAAAAAAUAAAAAAAAAGUACAAUGGAUGAUGGAUGCAAAUGGUAACCCUUGGACAUGGGUCAUGGGUGAGCAUAAAGAUGAUAAGACUAUUGAACAAAUAAUUGAAGAAGAGGCUAGAGAAUCUGCAAGAUUACAAGCAGAACAGGAGACUGAACAUUUAAGAUUAAAAGUGGAAUCUGAAUUAAUGGCAAUGUUAGAAAGUAAAAAUAAGACGCCAUUUAAUCCACAGGAAAAAAAAAUUUUGCCAGGUAAUGAAGAGAUUUACUGUUCUGUAGAGGAUUUGAAAACUAGAAGUACCAGAAAGCCGUGUGUAACAACACAACCAAUGCGUGGGGUGUUGAAAGAAUUGUCAUUCAAUAAAGUGUCCGAACGUGUGAGAAACUGGGAACAGAAAGUAAUGGAAGAGCGUACGUCAGAAAUCUAUAUAAGUAUGAAAAAUAAAAAAAAAGAAGAAGAAAAACAAGCCGAAGAAGCCGAUAAGAAGCAAGACAUUGUUUGGAGAGAACAAGAACUAAAAGCUAAAGAAGCUGAGUUGCAAAUUAGACAAAUUGCACGUCAAGCUAGAGAAGAACAUAGAAGGUCACAGCUAUUUACUGAUAAACCCUUUAAUGGUGUUUAUAUGCCGAAUUCGUCUAAACCACCAAGUAAAAAGGCAGUAAUUGAAUGGUUCAAGGCUAAAGAAAUACCUAGAAGAGCUGGAUUCGAACAAGAUAAAAAUGCCAUAGCUACUUGGUUUCAUGGUCUUAUUACCAGACAAGAAGCAGAAAUUUUGCUUAACAACGAACCAGUGGGUAGUUUUUUAGUCCGAUUAUCGGAACGAAUUUGGGGCUAUGCCAUUACUUACAAAGAUUUUAAUUGUUGCAAACAUUAUUUGGUAGAUGCAUCUAAUGGACAUUAUCAGUUUUUUGGAACUAAUCAAAUGUCUCAUAACACAUUAAGUGAAUUAGUUAUCUAUCAUCAAAAAAUGCCCAUUACUAAGACUGGCGAAGAACUGUUACUAAGACCAUGUAAUCGUACUACGCAUUUAUCUCCUUUUAUUUUCCAAGGUUUACUGAAAGCAUAAAUAUAUCUUACAAUUUAUAUUAUUAUUUAAU